GAACAUGUAUCUGCGCACCACAAAGAAAAACCCACUAACCCACCAUCAAAACCUACGUCUCCCGCUCCCCCUCCCCCUCCCCCUCUCAAGUCCAUGUAAGCUCUCUCCCUCUCUUGCUUUCUUUGGCUAUUUUCCAAGCUCGGUUUCUUCGAAAAAUUUCUACUUUUUGCAGCUCUAAUGCUAUCUCAAGCUACAUUAUUGCAACAUUCUUAAAGUUUGCAUCUUUCAAGUUGUAAGAGUUUAAUUGCUCUGCUUGAGCAAGAAAGUUUUAGUGAUGGGUGCAUCAGGAAAAUGGGUGAAAUCCCUUAUAGGUUUUAAAAUGUCUGAUAAAGAUCAAGACCAUGUAAAUGGCAAGAGCAAGAAAUGGAAGCUAUGGAGGAGCUCAUCUGGUGACUUGGGGUCUUCAUGGAAGGAUUUUAAAGGGAAACAUAGAGCAGCGUCAGAGGCAUCAGGUUCUUCACCAUUAACUGAUCCAUUUACUACCGCAAUGGCUACUGUGGUUAGAGCUCCUCCUAAGGGUUUUAGGGUUGUCAGGCAAGAGUGGGCUGCUAUCAGGAUUCAAACUGCUUUCCGUGGAUUCUUGGCAAGAAGGGCUCUGAGGGCUUUGAAAGCGGUGGUGAGACUCCAAGCUAUAGUUCGAGGUCGACAAGUGAGAAAGCAGGCUGCUGUGAUGCUUAGGUUCAUGCAGGCUCUUGUUCGAGUUCAAGCUCGAGUCAGGGCUCAUCCUGUGCGAAUGUCCAUAGAAGGGCAGGCAGUGCAGAAUAUGCUAAAUGAACGACAUAGCAAGGCUGAUCUCUUGAAACAUGCUGAGGAAGGGUGGUGCGAUGGCAAGGGGACAUUGGAAGAUGUGAAGUCAAAACUGCAAAUGAGGCAAGAAGGAGCCUUCAAGAGAGAAAGAGCAAUUGCAUACUCCCAUGCUCAAAAACAAUGGAGAUCAAACCCCAGCUCAAAUACUCGAACCAAUAGCUCAGUAUACUCAUUCAAGAAUCAGGAGUUUGAUAAGAAUAGCUGGGGAUGGAGUUGGCUUGAACGCUGGAUGGCAGCCAAGCCAUGGGAGUCUAGAUUGAUGGAGCAAUCCCACACUGAUCCCUCGGUGACUCCACCGAAGUCUUGUGUAGAUGUGAACAUACAUUCAAAAUCCUCUGAACAAAGUUUAGUGCAAGUCAGAAAGAACAAUGUAACUACUAGAAUUUCAGCUAGGCCUCCAAUUGGGCAUUUUACUCGCUCAUCUUCCAGUCCAAGUUCUGAAUUCCGCUUUGAUGAGAGUUCAGCUUCUUCAUCAAUUUGUACAUCUACAACACCAAUAUCAGGAAACACUGGCUUGGCCUCUGAUAAAACAGAGGAGAGUGGUAACAGUAGGCCAAAUUACAUGAACCUGACCGAGUCAACCAAGGCAAAGCAAAAAACAUCCGGUCAUUUAUCCCAUAGGAUCCGAAGGCAGUCUAUGGAUGAGUUUCAGUUUCUCAAAAAGUCGAGCAUUCUCAAAUGGAGAUUCGAAAAACAGUGCUGGUUCUGAUCUGUCAGUUAAUUUAUCUAAGCCACUUUGCUUGCCAACAAGAUUUGAUAAGAACUCGACGAAAUAACUAAGAGGAAUGGAUCAUUUGUAUGAUUACAUGGGUUGAUUAAGAAGUUUCAACAACUUGUUGUACUCCGUUGUUGAGAUAUGUGUAUUAAUUUAGAAGCAUGUCUGCAAUCAUUUACUGGCAAGCUGUAGCUAAGACAGCUUGGUGAGUUACUAGUGUUUUGAGGGUUAUCCAUUCUGUAAAAUAGUUAAUUUUGGUUGUGCAUGUGAUCUUCACCAGUAGCCUCCAACUCAUACCAAAUUUUGACAGAUAAAUGGAUUUUUGCAGGACCUGAAUUGUUCUAGGACA